AUGAUGCAGGAAUCUGCAACAGAGACAAUAAGCAACAGUUCAAUGAAUCAAAAUGGAAUGAGCGCUCUAAGCAGCCAAUUAGAUGCUGGCAGCAGAGAUGGAAGAUCAAGUGGUGACACGAGCACUGAAGUAAGCACAGUAGAACUGCUGCAUCUGCAACAACAGCAGGCACUCCAAGCAGCAAGACAGCUGCUCUUACAGCAACAGACAAGUGGACUGAAAUCUCCUAAGGGCAGUGAUAAACAGAGACCACUGCAGGUGCCUGUGUCAGUGGCCAUGAUGACUCCCCAGGUGAUCACCCCUCAGCAAAUGCAGCAGAUUCUCCAACAGCAAGUUUUGUCUCCACAGCAACUUCAAGCACUUCUUCAACAGCAGCAAGCAGUUAUGUUACAGCAGCAACAACUACAAGAGUUUUACAAGAAACAGCAAGAGCAGUUACAUCUUCAGCUUUUGCAGCAGCAACAGCAGCAGCAGCAGCAACAACAACAACAGCAGCAGCAGCAACAACAACAACAGCAACAGCAGCAGCAGCAGCAGCAACAGCAACAACAGCAUCCAGGAAAGCAAGCAAAAGAGGUAAGAUCUGGGAAACAACAGCAGCAGUUGGCAGCCCAGCAGCUUGUCUUCCAGCAGCAGCUCCUCCAGAUGCAGCAACUCCAGCAGCAGCAACAUCUGCUGAAUCUUCAGCGUCAGGGACUCAUUUCCAUCCCACCUGGCCAGUCUGCUCUUCCUGUCCAGUCUCUGCCACAAGCUGGCUUAAGUCCUGCUGAGAUUCAGCAGUUAUGGAAAGAAGUGACUGGAGUUCACAGUAUGGAAGACAAUGGCAUUAAACAUGGAGGGCUAGACCUCUCUACUAACAAUUCCUCCUCUACUACCUCCUCCACCACUUCCAAAGCAUCACCACCAAUAACUCAUCAUUCCAUAGUGAAUGGACAGUCUUCAGUUCUAAAUGCAAGGCGAGACAGCUCGUCACACGAGGAGACUGGGGCCUCUCAUACUCUUUAUGGCCAUGGAGUUUGCAAAUGGCCUGGCUGUGAAAGCAUUUGUGAAGAUUUUGGACAGUUUUUAAAGCACCUUAACAAUGAACAUGCAUUGGAUGACAGAAGCACCGCUCAGUGUCGGGUGCAAAUGCAAGUGGUUCAGCAGUUAGAAAUACAGCUUUCUAAAGAACGUGAACGUCUUCAAGCAAUGAUGACCCACUUGCACAUGCGACCCUCGGAGCCCAAGCCAUCUCCAAAACCUCUAAAUCUGGUAUCCAGUGUCACCAUGUCAAAAAACAUGUUGGAGACAUCCCCACAGAGCUUACCUCAAACUCCCACUACACCGACAGCCCCAGUCACCCCGAUUACCCAGGGACCCUCUGUAAUCACCCCAGCCAGCGUACCCAACGUAGGAGCCAUUCGAAGACGACAUUCAGACAAAUACAACAUUCCCAUGUCAUCAGAAAUUGCCCCAAAUUAUGAAUUUUAUAAAAAUGCAGAUGUCAGACCUCCAUUUACUUAUGCAACUCUCAUAAGGCAGGCUAUCAUGGAAUCCUCUGACAGGCAGUUAACACUUAAUGAAAUUUACAGCUGGUUUACACGGACAUUUGCUUACUUCAGGCGUAAUGCAGCAACUUGGAAGAAUGCAGUGCGUCAUAAUCUUAGCCUGCACAAGUGUUUUGUUCGAGUAGAAAAUGUUAAAGGAGCAGUAUGGACAGUGGAUGAAGUAGAGUACCAGAAGCGAAGGUCACAAAAGAUAACAGGAAGCCCAACAUUAGUGAAAAACAUACCCACCAGCUUAGGCUACGGAGCAGCUCUUAAUGCAAGCUUGCAGGCUGCACUGGCAGAGAGUAGUUUACCUUUGCUUAGUAACCCAGGAUUGAUAAAUAACGCAUCCAGUGGCUUACUGCAGGCAGUCCAUGAAGAUCUCAAUGGUUCACUGGAUCACAUUGACAGUAAUGGAAAUAGCAGUCCGGGCUGCUCUCCUCAGCCUCACAUACAUUCAAUUCAUGUCAAGGAAGAACCAGUGAUUGCAGAGGAUGAAGACUGUCCAAUGUCUUUGGUGACAACAGCAAAUCACAGUCCAGAAUUGGAAGAUGAUAGAGAGAUUGAGGAAGAGCCUUUAUCUGAAGAUCUGGAAUGA